UCUGAUCCAGUACCUGCGGUUUAUUUCGUUCGAUUAGCGAUCAGGAAGUAAUAAGUAGACCUAGUUUUUUUUUUAUUGCAACGACGAUAAAAUGACUAAGCUUAGUUACGGUCUUGUUAUAAUGAUAUUUUUCGUUGCCAAAUCGAUGGCAGAUGAUGGAAUGGCCGAAACGUUACAAAUGCUACACGACACAUGCGUGGGUGAGACAGGCGUCGCCGAGGACUUGAUCGUCGAGGCAAGAAUCGGUAAUUUUGCGGACGACCCGAAGUUGAAGUGUUACAUGCUGUGCCUGUUGGAACAAUUUUCCGGUAUUGAUGACGGCAACAUCGACGUAGAAACUAUCGUCGCAGUAUUACCCCAGCACAUCGUGGGCGACGCUGAGCCAAUAAUUCGAAGCUGUGGAACAGUCAAGGGAUCCGAUGAUUGCGAUACGGCAUUCCAGACGAACAAGUGUUGGUACAAUGGAGUACCACAACAUUACAUGUUGGCAUAAUUUCGUUCGACUCGCAGCGAUUUCCGGGAGCCUCCUUCGAAGGAGAAAAACCUUACUGUGAAUUAUAUCCGAAAUAGGCAUACUAUAUGUUUUGUAUCAAGUAUUUGUGGGUGAAAUUGCAAAUUUUUGAAUGUAAUCAUAUGUUCACUCCUCAACGUGGUAAUUAAUGCAGCUGUCCUAAACAUCUGUGCAUAUCAGUUCCCAAAAUUCACAGAAUAUAGUAUGUACCCAUGUAUACACACGUAUGUAACAUAUUUUGUAAUGAUUUAAAAAAAUAACGUAAUUCUUCAAAAUUGAAUUGGCACUUCUGUAACUAUAUUGGCAAAAUAUAACUGUAUUGGUAAUAAAAAAGAAAACAACUAGA